AUGGGUGUCCAGCAUAUGACCAACUACAGGACCAGUCCCGGAGCUGUGGGAGGUGAUUUAUCGCUGGCUGAGGAACUGAACCACUACUUUGCCCGGUUUGAAGUGAAUCCACCAGAGACAGCCAGGCCCCAUCCAGAUACCAACAACAGCCCCAUCUUCACAGUGGGGGAGCACGAGGUGAGACGCUCGCUGCGGGCUGUCAACCCACGGAAGGCAGCUGGACCUGACGGCAUCACAGGACACGUGCUGACAGACUGUGCAGACCAACUGGCUGGGGUCUUCACCAGGAUAUUCACCCAGUCUCUGUCUCAGUCCACUGUGCCAUCCUGCCUGAAAUCCUCUGUCAUAGUGGCCAAGAAACAGACCAUCCCCAGUCUUAAUGACUACAGGCCAGUUGCACUGACCCCUGUGGUUAUGAAGUGCUUCAAGAAGCUCAUCAGGAACCACAUCAUGUCAUUCAUUCCUCCCAUGCUUGAUCCGCACCAGUUUGCCUACAGAGCAAACAGGUCUACGGAGGACGCUGUGGCCACUGUUCUCCAUGCUGUUCUGUCCCAUCUGGAGCAGCAGGGGAGCUAUGCACGGCUGCUCUUCAUAGACUUCAGCUCUGCCUUUAAUACCAUCUUACCCCACAGACUGUGAUCGCACUCAGAGGGUUAGAGUGGGUCCUACUUCUCCACACCCAUCAGCCUCAGCACUGGCUCUCCACAGGGCUGUGUGCUGAGCCCCCUGCUCUAUACCCUCUUCACCCAUGAUUGCAUUCCUGCCCACCACAGUAACACCAUUGUUAAGUUCACUGACGAUACCACGGUAGUAGGGCUCAUCUCUGGGGGGAUGAGUCCGC